AAAGAACCAAUGGACAUGGCGUAGGAGACGGUCAAUGUUCAUAUUGCUGCUCAUUUCACAAUGGGUUGUCAGGGUAGAAAACUGUUUUUCGCUCACUGUUCGGUGGGUGAAUCGUUCAAAUGUUCCUACCAUCAAUCCAAGGUUGCCACACACAGACUCCUGACUUUGGACAAUAACUCUCUAUCUCGAUCCUGCCUCCUUGUCCUUCUCACACAUCACGGGCUUUUCCAUAAGUGGUUAUUCGCGACGUGCGAUCUCGCAGUGAUUGGUAAUAGUAAUACGAUCUACCACAUCAAAACUCCCUACCCGCUGAUCUUCUGGAAAAUUGAGAGGAAAAUCCAUGCCUACAUUUGUGCAUCAUCGACUUGAUGGCGAAACGGAUCCGCGAUG